AUGUCGGCUGGGGUUCCUAGCAGCCCGCUCUCUUCGCCCCCAGCGAGUGUUGUCAACAUCCGCCUCGGCAGCCCGGUUGAGGAUGAGAAAAUGUCACCCAUCCCAAGUGGUCCUCAGGAACCAACGGCCGAAACAGUGAUAAUUGAAAAGCCGCCGACGGCCAGCCCGGAGAGGAAAGUUGAAGGAGAGAAGGAGAAGAAGUCGACCGCGCACGACUCGGAUGAGAGUGGUCAGUCCAGCGCUCCGAAGCGCAAGGCCAGUAUUUCCCACAAUCCAGGUUCGACGAAGAAGCCCCGCCAAGUCGCACCCACGCCCCGCAAAUCCGCCCAGGACAAGAAAUGGGAAGCACCGUUCGUGUACACCGACUCGAAAUCUCCGCUGGCAAACGCCGACCUGAGAGCCAUUCUGUUGCACCCACUCGCCUGGGACAUCCUCACUCCCGAGGAGAAACAGGACGUGUUGGCCAAGUUCCCAGACGGGACCCAUCUCCUGAAUGCGGGCACCCAAGAUGCUCGCCCGAACCCGGUCUCGCUGCGCAAUGAUGACAAUUUUCGGUAUGACUGCGCUCGAUAUUGCGAGAAUAUUCAGCUUGGCCGGCACGACGAAGAGUGGCUGAGCCAGGCUUGGGUUGCCCACGAGAAGCACCAGCGGGGCGAUUACGACCAGUUUCUUCGGGAGCGCUUUGAGGAAGACUGGGAGACCAAGCUGCCGGCCGAAAACAAACCCGAAGAUUCCGAGUCGGGCAAAGGCUUGAAGCAUGGCGAGAGAGAGCCAAGUGAGGGAUCCCCCCUCGAUACCGAAGGAACUGCAGCGCCUAAGCUAGCGGGGCGGUCGACUCGAUCACCCCAGUCCAUCCCUAAAAACGGCUCCCCUCGAAGCAAGGGAGACGGCGAAGGCCAUGGUAUGGAUGCGAAAGGUAUCCAAACUGAGGCUGCAAACGGCAGCCCGACAGUACCCCGAACCAUCGACCCAUCGGCAAUACGCCCAAGUGACCUGUCCGCGGCUUCGCAGGAGCAAGAAACCGACACGUCCACUAUUGUCGCUCGGUCCGAUUAG